CCCUCGCGCCCUCCCACAUCGCGAAAUCCCAGCUCGAACGGAGCCGUGACACCGACUCACCGUCACCUCGAGCAGCAAAAAAGCAGGAAAAAUGGGUCUUUUCAUCCUUACCGAGACGAGCGCGGGUUAUGCUCUGUUCAAGUCCAAGGACAAGAAGCUGCUCAGCAAGGGCGAUGAGCUCAGCAAGGAUGUCUCGACCGUUGUCGAAUCGCUGAAGCUCAAGAAGUUCACCAAGUUCGAGAGUGCUGUCACUGCGCUCAACGAAGCCGCUGCCCUCACCGACGGCAAGGUCAGCUCCAUGCUCGGCAGCCUGCUGCAGGAGCUCAAGGACGAGACCAAGGCAUCUUUGGCUGUCGCUGACCCCAAGCUCGCCAACGCCAUCGCUCAGGUCCCCGGCCUGUCCAUCAAGCCGAUUUCCGACUCCUCCACCCAGGAUGUCUACCGUGCUAUCCGCGAGCACAUGACCUCCCUCAUUCCCGAUCUGGUCCCCGCUGAGAUGGACUCGACCCGCCUCGGUCUUGCGCACUCGCUCUCCCGUCACAAGCUCAAGUUCUCCCCCGACAAGGUCGACACCAUGAUCAUCCAGUCCAUUGCCAGUCUCGACGUUCUCGACAAGCAGCUCAACACAUAUGCUAUGCGCGUGAAGGAAUGGUACGGCUGGCACUUCCCCGAGCUUGCCAGGAUCUUGAACGACAACCUCGCAUACUCCAAGGUUGUCCUCAAGAUGGGUUUCCGCACAAACUCCAAGGACGCCGAUCUGUCGGGCAUUCUGCCUGAGGAGAUUGAGGCCGCUGUCAAGGCUGCCGCUGAGAUCAGUAUGGGUACCGAGAUUUCCGAGGAGGAUUUGGAAGCCACCAGCGCUCUCGCCGAGCAGGUGGUUGACCUCACUGAGCACCGUCAGAAUCUUGGCGCAUACCUCUCCUCGCGUAUGCAGGCUCUUGCACCUAACCUGACUGCGCUCGUUGGUGAGCUCGUCGGUGCCCGCCUCAUCGCUCACGCUGGCUCCCUCAUGAACCUCGCCAAGUCCCCCGGUUCCACCAUUCAGAUCCUCGGCGCCGAGAAGGCGCUGUUCCGUGCGCUCAAGACUAAGCACGACACUCCCAAGUACGGUCUCAUCUACCACGCCUCUCUUAUUGGUCAGGCAACUGGCAAGAACAAGGGAAAGAUUGCCCGUAUGCUCGCUGCCAAGUCCGCUCUUGGUCUGCGCGUCGACGCCCUCAGCACAUGGGGCAUUACAUCCGAAGACAAGUCUGCUGAGCCCACCGAGGAGGAGAAGUCACAGAUCGGUCGCGACGCUCGUCUUGGCAUUGAGAGGAGGUUGAGGGCUCUCGAGGGCAAGCCCCUCAAGAGCAUUCCCAACGCCAAUGCAACUGCGCUCGGCUCUGGACAGAAGUGGGACGUCAAGGAGGCCCGCAAGUACAACCCGGAUGCGGAUGGUCUUACUGGCGAGGAGCCCGCAGCCAAGAAGUCGAAGUCUGACAAGGUCAACGGCACCACACCGAAGAAGCUCGUAGAGGAGGUCAACGAGGACGAGACCAUGGUUGACGCUGACGACGCCGAGGACUCCGAGUCCGAGUCUGAGGAAGAGACCAAAGCGACCAAGGGCGGUGACAAGGCAGCAAAGAAGGCAGAGAAGGAGGCCAAGAAGGCACGAAAAGCCGAGCGCGCCGCAAAGCGAGAAGCUAAGGAAGCAAAGAAGGCUGCAAAGGAAGCCAAGAAGGCGUCAAAGGACUCGAAGAAGAGGAAAUCCGACGACGACGACACAACUGAGAAGAAAAAGAAGAAGAAGAGCAAGGACUAGACUCACACGCGCAUCUUGAAUGAUGUUGCUGUUGUACGUUUGACCAUGUGAAAAUGGGUGGCGUUCUGGGAUCUAGCUUCUUUUUCUUUGACGUUUCGCAUGUCGUGCUAUCUAUGGGCGCGUGGCGUAGGAUUGGAUUCAUGUAUCAUCUGAUGGCAUUGCAUAUUGGGGAUGAGGACGAGGUGCGGGAGGAUACCCACCAGCCGCUAUGCAUACAAUUUCACAC